AUGGUGGAAAAAGUGAAAUUUGUUGUAUUUGAUAUAUUUCUUAUGGUGAUUUGUGAAAUAUUUGCUGUUGAAAAUAAAGUUGAUCUUCCUGCAUCUUCUGUGCCUGAUCAAAAUUUUAAAAACGCAUUUGUAGUUGAAGGAUUUUCUGCGUGGAAUAAAGCUUUGGAACGAUUCAAAUUCCAUGAAGUUUUAUCUACGGCAACACAAAAAAAAGGAUUUAACAUAUGUGCAUCUAUGAGUAUUUCUAAAACUAAAGAAAUGAAUGACGCCCGGUCCACUCUUUUAAAAAUUAUUUCAUCUCUUUAUUUGACGAGGCAAGGUUUACCAGUGCGUGGUCAUGGUGACAUAAACUCAAAUAUUCAACAAUUACUCAUUUUACGUUCUGAUGAUGUUCCGGAAUUAAAAAGUUGGUUGUUAAGAACUAAAUAUAAAUGGUUAUCUCAUGAUAUUCAAAAUGAAAUACUAUCUCUUUUAUCCGACGAAGUUCAAUUAAAUAUUGUUUCUGAAAUAAAAAAUGCAUUCUGUUAUUCGAUAAUAUUAGAUGAAACAAGAGAUAUUUCAAAUAUAGAACAAGUUUCUGUGUGUAUUCGCAUAGUAGACAAACAUUUAAAUAUAGCAGAUCAUUUUUUAGGAUUUUUCGAAACUCCUUUUACUGACGCUGAAACAUUAUUUAAUUUGGUAAUGAACACUUUAAAUAGAUUUGACAUAAAUAUAUCUAAAUGCCGCGGAUAA